AUGGCCGAGGGAAACUCCCAGAUCGUACUCGAGGUCACCCAGGUGUGGCGGGGGAAAGACUCCGAGGGAAAGGACCUCCCCCUCCACUGGGCGCUCACAUUCAAGACCGCCGGCACCGACGACCGCCCUAUAGGCAACUGCUACAACGCCGCCGGCAACAUCGACACCUACUGCUACGAGGCCGAGCGCGACAUCGUGCUCCGGAACGACAACUGGCGUGGCUCGCUCCCCGUCGGCCGCAUCCCCGCGGAGUCCCUACACAAAUUCGAGCGCAUCCUCUCCCAGAUACCCAUCACCCGCCACGACCCCUCCUGGAAUUGUCAAAACUGGGUAUGGGCCAGUCUACGCGAGCUGCGGCACGCCGGAUUCUCCAUCGAGCCUGUCCUCACCUGGUCACGUCUUCGAGACGGCAUGUUCGACCUGUUAGAGGCAUGGGAGUGCGGCGACAUCUGA